UACUAGGGGCCCCGCCCGGGCGCCGAGGGCUGCCGCCGCCCGGGUCUCGCCCGCCAUGCUUCGGCUGCCGGUGCGGUGUGUCCUCUGGGGCUGCUUGCUGACCGCCGUCCUCCCAGAACCGCCCACUGCCUGCAGGGAAAAUCAGUACCAAGUGAACAACCAGUGCUGCAAUUUGUGCCCGCCAGGAGAGAGACUGGAUAAUGAAUGCGUAGACGGCACCAACACAAAAUGCCUUCCUUGCUCUGAUGGCGAAUUCUUAGACACCUGGAACAGGGAGAUGCGCUGUUACCAGCACAAGUACUGCAACCCCAAACUAGGGCUCCAGGUCCAGACGGAGGGCACCUCGGAGACAGAUACAACCUGCACCUGUCAAGAAGGUCAACACUGCGUCAGUGAUGCCUGCGACAGCUGUGCCCCACACAGCUCCUGCCCCGUGGGCUUUGGGGUCAGGCAGAAGGCCACCGAGGUUUCUGAUACCAUCUGCGAACCCUGCCCGGACGGCUUCUUCUCCAAUGUGUCGUCUGCUGUUGAAAGCUGUCACCCAUGGACAAGCUGUGUGACCCACAACCUCGUGGAGCUACAGGCGGGAACUAACAAGACAGACGUGCGCUGUGGUGCCCAGGACCGGAAGAGAGCCCUGGUGUUGAUUCCCAUGGUGCUGGGGGGCGUGUCCGCUGCCCUCUUGGUGUCCGUUUAUAUCCGCAAGGCGAUCAAGAAGCCAACAGAUAAGGGCUACCGCGUCGGGACGGUGGGGCAGGACCCCGUGGAGAUGGAGGACUUCCCCGGCCAUAAUACGGGCGCGCCGGUCCAGGAGACCUUGCACGGGUGCCAGCCGGUCACCCAGGAGGACGGCAAGGAGAGCCGCAUCGCCGUGCAGGAGCGGCAGUGAGGCUGCGCCCCCCGGGACGUGGCGGCCCCGCGCGGGACGCCGGGCGGACAGCCUGGGACAGCCGGGGGCCGCGGGGCGCGCAGGGGCUGGCCCUGGCCGGCCCCUCUGCCCUGAGAAGGACAGGAUCGCGUCGCCCGGGACAACGGCUCAGCCCAGCACCGAGGCACAACUCUGGGAGGGGGCGCACGGACAAUGAUAUUCACCAGCUGCCCCCGGCCGGGCACUCCGGUGCCCAGAGACUUAUGAUGACCGUGGUCUCCACGUGUCCGGGGCGGGGGGCGGGGGACACACACACACACACGAAUGUCCAUGGCAGUCUGCUCUCUGUGCCUGAGAACUGGAAGUCACUUAGCUGUCCAUGAGCUGGGGACGGCGACAUGAAAUUACAACGUAUUUAUACAACACAGGCUCAGAAACACCGUGGGGUGGGCGAACAGGCAGCUUGCAGGAUGAUGUGGGAACGAUUGUUAAAAGAGCACACAACCGCAGAGCAAAGUGACCCGCUACCCAUGAGCAAUGCCACACACGUGAUACAGGAGUGCAUGGGGACAGCGGGGUCUGGAAGGACCCACGGAGGACUCAACUCCUGUCCUGGUGACUUCCGGGGUGGGGGAGGAUUGGUGAAAGGGAACUUGGCUUUCCCAGAAUGCUUCGUUUUUUCCCCAAAAGGAGAGUGGGUUCCUCUGAUGCUUAUGUAAUUAAACGAUCAUCAAACUUGGGAAAAGAAACACGGGGGUGGACAUCCUGGGUGACACUGCUGUCAGGCUCCCGGAAUUGGGACACUUUCUGAGGAUAAAUAGGAAUGUCCCACCCGCCUGCGUCCCUGCAGGGCAGCCCCCACGUGGGCUCACACUCCAGAUCCAGUGUGCGACGCUCUGAUUCAGGGUCAUGAAGCAGCUGUCUGGGCAGACAGGACUCACCACCCACCCCCUCGUUCACAGGGGUCCAGAGAGGGGCCGGGACCUGCCCGUGGUCGCCCAGGAGGGCGUGGCCCAGUGCUGCCUGCUCUCUGAACCUAGCUCUGUGCUCCUCCCAAGGAGUCCCUGGCCCCCGACCUCCCACCUCACCGGAGCUGCUGCUUCUCAGUCAUACGGUGCCCCUGUCUCCCCCUCUCCCCCAGCAGCUCAGGAUAAAAAUAAACCGCCCUGUUCCCUCUUCCUG